UACCGUUCGGACUGAGCUUUGUGCCCAUCCCUAGCCCUCAGGGACAAAGUUGUCAUUAUCCCUCUCCGACCGAGGCUCUGGUGCAUGCAUUGGCCCACUUGGCAAUGCCAAGAAUGGUGCGGAGAUUCAGUGUUGACGUUGAAACGGUUAAAUUUGAACGUCAUAACUGUGCUGAAGAUUCCAUCGAUUUGCGCUAUAACUACAACACCUAGGGUCUUAUGACCCUUAUCUAAGUAGCUGUAGCAGAAUCAAUGAUUUUGAAGAAAAAUUGGAGACAUUAGGGUUUCGAGGUUCAAUUAUCAAUGGUGGAGAGACGGAAACCUCUGUUACUCUCUUCAACUAAAAUUCUCAUUAAUUCCUUGCUCAAUUCCAGUUCGACUUCUCAACCACGACUUAAUGUCGAUGGAGAUAAACUCCUUACCCAUCAAGUCUCGCCUACUUUACACUUACCUGCCGGAAUUCUCCGGUUUUCAAAGGACAAAUUUGAUACCAAAUUAGCUUCACUCGACGAUAAUUCUUUGCUCGGCCUUUCAGUUUCUGUUUUGAAAAGACUCUCUUUAACUUCUGGCUCACUUGUGCUUGUCAAGAAUGUUGAAACAAACAUUCAAAGAAUUGCGCAGGUUGUUGUUCUAGAUCCUCCAAAUACCCAUAAAGAAAUUUCUCCUGAAAACUUAUCUGCUAAAAACCCUCCACGUGUGAUGCUUUCUUUUCCUUCGUAUCAUUUACCCCAAAAUGACACCAUGUCGCUGGACCAAGAAAUCGCCUAUCUGUCUCCACUCUUAGCUUUUAACCUAGACUUGCACUUAUCUUGCUUGAAAUCUAUUGUCCACCAAGGGAAAGAAAUUUUAGCAUCAUUGUUUAAAGAAAAAGUUGACGAUGAGACUUGUUCAUUAAUCAGUUUAGGGUUGGAAACUUUGGGAAAACUUCCAAGAUAUGCCUCCCACUUGAGGGUUUCAUUCAUCAAGAUACCAGAAUGUGGUACUCUUGAAUCUUUGAAAGGAAGUUCACCUGUUGAAGCUGAAGAUCGCCAAGAAAUGAUUGAUAUGGCAUUACAUAACUACUUUGAAGUGGAUAGAUACCUAGCAAGAGGUGAUGUUUUCAGCAUCUGCCCAAAUUGGAACUGCAAUUCAAUUACUUGCAUUCCUUGCAGUCAAAGGUUGCAAAAUAGAAGUGAUAGCAUCAUUUACUUCAAGGUUGUGGCUAUGGAACCAUCAGAUGAAGCAGUUCUUCGAGUUAAUUGCACCCAAACUGCUCUUGUGCUUGGAGGGAGUAUUCCAUCUGCUAUUCCACCAGAUCUAUUGAUUUCUGGAUCAAAUGGUUUUGCACCUUUGCAAGGGGACACAGUGAAACUUUUGGCCACCAUACUUACUCCACCUCUAUGCCCAUCAGUGCUUUCGACAAAAUUCAGAGUUGCUGUUCUACUACAUGGCCUGCCAGGGUGUGGCAAGAGAACUGUUGUUAGAUAUGUUGCUCGUAGGUUGGGGUUGCAUGUAGUGGAAUAUAGCUGUCAUAGUUUAAUGGCAUCCUCUGAGAGAAAGACAUCUGCUGCUCUGGCUCAAGCUUUCAACACAGCUCAAAGAUACUCACCAACAGUUCUUCUUCUCCGUGAUUUUGAUGUUUUCCGUAAUUCUGUCUCUGGUGAGGGGUUACCUAAUGAUCAAGUUGGUCUCUCCUCUGAAGUUGCAUCUGUUAUUAGGGAAUUCACUGAGCCAGUUGCUGAAGAUGAAGACAACUAUGCAGAUGAAGAAUCACACGGUGAUUUUGACAUUGGAAAGAUACACAGACAACAGGUACUAUUGGUUGCUGCUGCUGAAAGUUCUGAGGGUUUGCCGCCAGCUAUUCGGAGAUGCUUCAGCCACGAAAUAAGUAUGGGCCCUUUAACUGAAGAUCAGAGGGUUGAAAUGCUGUCCCAGUUGCUGCUAGGCGUUUCUGAACUCCUCUCUAACACUGGUUCAGAGGAAUUUAUAAAGGACAUUAUUGGACAGACAUCUGGAUUCAUGCCCAGGGAUUUGCAGGCUUUAGUUGCUGAUGCUGGUGUGAACUUACAACAGAAGAGCAAUUUUCAAAUUGACAAAGCUGAGCACAGGGAAUCAUAUAGUUCUCUUAAAGUCAAGUCAGUGCAAGACAAUAAAUCAUCUGCUGCUGGAGAUCAGGUCAUGGGGAAAGAUGACUUGGUCAAAUCAUUGGAGCGAUCCAAGAAGAGAAAUGCAUCAGCUUUAGGUGCUCCAAAGGUUCCCAAUGUGAAAUGGGAAGAUGUUGGUGGGCUUGAGGAUGUGAAGAAAUCAAUUUUGGAUACUGUUCAGUUACCUCUGCUGCAUAAGGAUUUGUUUUCUUCUGGGUUGCGAAAGCGAUCUGGUGUUCUUUUAUAUGGUCCUCCUGGAACAGGGAAAACUUUAUUGGCUAAAGCUGUGGCAACAGAGUGUUCCCUAAAUUUUCUUAGCGUGAAAGGGCCUGAACUUAUUAACAUGUACAUUGGAGAGUCAGAGAAAAAUGUUCGAGACAUUUUCCAGAAGGCCAGAUCAGCACGCCCAUGUGUCAUCUUCUUUGAUGAACUUGAUUCUCUUGCUCCUGCUCGAGGUGCGUCUGGGGAUUCUGGGGGUGUUAUGGAUAGAGUGGUUUCUCAAAUGCUUGCUGAGAUUGAUGGUCUAAAUGAUUCUACGCAGGACUUAUUUAUUAUAGGUGCAAGCAACAGACCUGAUCUUAUUGAUCCAGCACUUCUACGCCCUGGUCGAUUCGAUAAGCUUCUAUAUGUCGGUGUUAACUCUGAUGCGUCUUACAGGGAGCGGGUCCUUAAAGCACUUACCAGAAAGUUUAAAUUGCAUGAGGAUGUAUCUCUUUAUUCAAUAGCAAAGAAAUGUCCUCCAAACUUUACUGGUGCAGACAUGUAUGCCUUAUGUGCAGACGCCUGGUUUCAUGCUGCAAAGCGUAAGGUUUUGAGUUCAGAUUCAGAUUCUUCUUCCAUAGAUCAAGUUGACUCUGUUGUGGUCGAGUUUGCCGAUUUUGUGAAGGUCUUGAAAGAGCUAUCACCCUCACUUUCCGUAGCGGAGUUGAAGAAGUACGAGUUGCUACGAGAUCAAUUUGAAGGUGCUUCUAGCUGAAGAAUAUCUGAUCAAGCAUUGUAAUACUUUUUGGGUUGCAUCAUUUUGU